UGUUAAAAGCGUUUAUUUUAAUGUUAGCUAGCGAGCUAAAUGGCAGUUAGCCUGCAGUUAGCUGAGGACUCUCUUUGCCUGUUGUUAGCACGUUGGCUAGCCUUUAGCUUGAGUUGAUUAACUAAUACCGAUUGUCCUCAUGAGCUUCGCAAACAUUCAACUGAAUUUCAACUGAGUCUGAUGUGCAGGAAGGCAAUACAUCCACUCUUCCAUCAUGCUGAGUCGCUUGCAGGAGCUCAAGAAAGAAGAGGAGACUCUUCUGAAAAUCAAAGUCAUGCUGCAAGAUCAGCUCAACAGGCUAAAGUUUGAAGAGGGAGCCCUAAAGUCCUUGAUCAAUGCUCAGUCUGAGGAGAGCCCAAGUGAUCCUGCUCCUCCUGAGGCUGAGGUCAACCCAGACAAUGAGACAGAGAUCAAUCAGACAAAGCUAAUAUUAGGUGCUCCCACUGACUAUGAAAUGGAGGAGGAGGAGGAAGAGGAAGAUGAUGAUGAUGACGAUGAUGAGGAUGAUCUCGACAUGGUGCUUGAGGAAGAGGAAGAUGAUGACGACUACUGAGUUUACUCUUAGUUAGCACAAGUGAACUGUCUACGACUAUCAGUUAGGUGUGUAAUGAGCAAAAUGGCAUGCCAAAAGGUGCUUGUUAACAGGUUGUUUCUGUAUUUUGUCUAAAGGUGAUGCUAUAAUUUAUUAACUCUAGGUAAAAGACAACUUGAGAUAAAAACAAAAUGAUGUGUAGCAACUAGCAAGCAUAGAAGCGCAAACAUCUUUUUGGUACUGUAUACAAGGCUAAGCCUACACUGUUGUCACUUUUGUAAAUGUAAGCCUGCUCCAUUAUUGAAUUUCAUUCAUUCUGUUGAAAAGUGACAUGUAGCUAAUGUUUCAGAUGACUGUACAUCCAGGUUGAAUGUACUUAUCUAAAUCUGUGCUGACUUCAUAGCAUUUGUAUUUUAGUUGAGCGGUGCCUGAGGUACUUUUUAAAUGUACUGUACUUAGAGAGACAGAGUGAAUGCAUGCAUGUGUGUAUGUAAUGCAUGCGCAUGGGUCAUUUCUUGAUGAGACAGUACUGUACAGUGAUGUCUUUUUGUACUCCAUGAAGAAUAUUGUAUAUGUUUAGUACAGUGGUUUAAAUUAAUUAAGCACAAUACAGAAGUUGGAAUCCAUGUCUGCUUUUUCAUUUUCUUUCUAGUUGUUUAUUUCAGACAGUAACUAACAUUGAAUGAAUAUCUGAGUUGAUGUAUGAUUGACGAUUCUAUUAUUUUUGUGCAAAGGAUAAAGGUAUUACAGUAAAUAAAUAUAUGUGAACAGUGUUAAAUGUUAAAGAAGAAAUGCACAGGGAGAUUAAAUGCACUUUUAUAUCUCUGUUCAAUUCUGUAACAGGAUUAUAACAGCACCCUUUAAUCAGACUCUGUUAAACUUGUGUCCUAGACCUACCUCAUAAAAGUAUGACUGUUU